UGUGAUGAGGCGAAGUUGCGCGAAGCACAGCAAGAUUCUUUCUCAGUUUAGGGUAACUAAUGUCUUGACUGGCUAGAAGUGAGCUCUUUGUGCGAUGUACUGAUCAAUCUUGCGUGCCACGGUGUCAGCAAAAGCCUUUUAUUUUCUCUCUGCGAGCUAUCGGGCAGUGUAGGGUGAACUCGCGAGGCAUGGCAUCGUCUGAAAUCACCAUCAAGAGCGUCGGCGUGCGACUGAAAAGCCCUGCCGUGGUUGUCGUGUACGAAACGGGCAGCGGCACGCUUCACAAGAGGACGAUGCCCGUGAGAGGCCUGUUCGAGAACUCGGACGUCAAAAGCGUGGCCGAAGCGCUUCGCGAUAGGCAUUCGGCGGUCCUAAGCGCCGCUCCACUGAUACAGGUGGAGAAGAUGUUGCGAAUUCUGCAGGAAAACAUGAAGGGAGCCGGCUCGCUGGAAGAGUGCCUGGCGAAAGUGAACGAAGAGUUCACGGUGAACCCGGACGAAGACCUGAACAAGCUGGACGACGAGACGUUGCGCAGGAAGAAAGACCUGAUGAGCCUGUCUUUCGAGAAGAGUCGUAAGAAACCGGGCGACCCGGACUUUCAGUACGACGUCGAGGAAGACUUCGACAUCGUAGCUGCGAUCGAAACGUCGGGAUGGGACUCCGACAAAAGCGGCGAUUUCGACUUCUGACUCGAGCUUGGCUUUCCACUUUUUAGCGCACGUAGUGCGCAUUGUCGUUGUUUUUUUUUUUUUGCCAUUCUUUCCAUUGAAAAAGGAAACGAGCUCUAAGCCCUCCCCCC